AAAGCAGAGCUGGCAGUGUAAUUCUUUGCGCAAACGGGGGGUUUUGGAGGUGCGUUAUAGCCUCGCAACAGAACAAAUGUAAACAAGCAGCUGAUCAGCUGUGCGGCCGAGGACGCGCAACGAGACGGCGUGAUGACAGCGAGCCGCAGGGUUUGACAAACACAUUCUGCAUCAUAUAAAGCCAAAUUUGAGAUGUAUUUGCAUGUUGUAGAGUUUUUGUAAAUGUUAUAGCAGUACACGAGGACAAUUCCCAACCAGCUGCAGAUACAAAACAAGCGGCUUAUUUAUUUAUUAUUAGUAUGUUUUGUCACUGAUUAGAAGAGUGAUGAAUAGAUUUAUUUGUCUUAAUACCUGCUUGAAGAUCGGAUAACUUCACGUCUAAUAGGAAAAGCAACAGGAUUCGAGAAAUAGCAAUCGAAGAAUAAGGUUAACAGUCCCUUCUGGUCCCCACGGAAUAAAUAAAUAUCAGAAACGUAUUAAUAUUUACAUGAAGCUGGAAGUUUAAGGCACCCAAUCAUCACAUUUCCUGGAGAGCAGCACAGUAAGGCUGAAGGAUCAGGACUGUCAUGGCACACCAGCAGAUGCCGAGCUCUCAGAAGGCUCUGAUGCUGGAGCUGAAAUCCCUGCAGGAGGAGCCAGUGGAAGGUUUCCGCAUCACACUAGUGGAAGAGUCUGACCUUUACAACUGGGAAGUGGCCAUCUUUGGCCCUCCAAACACUCUUUAUGAAGGGGGCUACUUCAAGGCUCAUAUAAAAUUUCCUAUCGACUACCCCUACUCUCCUCCGACCUUCCGAUUCCUCACCAAGAUGUGGCAUCCAAACAUCUAUGAGAAUGGCGACGUGUGUAUUUCUAUUCUCCAUCCUCCUGUGGAUGACCCUCAGAGUGGAGAGCUCCCCUCAGAGCGAUGGAACCCCACACAGAAUGUCAGAACAAUCCUGCUGAGCGUGAUCUCGCUGCUUAACGAACCCAACACCUUUUCUCCUGCAAAUGUGGACGCCUCGGUCAUGUUUCGCAAGUGGAGGGACAGCAAAGGCAAGGACAAGGAAUACGCAGAGAUUAUAAGGAAGCAGGUAAUAUCCACAAAGGCAGAUGCAGAGCGAGAUGGAGUUAAAGUACCAACGACGCUAGCUGAGUACUGCAUCCAGACCAAAAUGCCUUCUCAUGACAGUAGCUCUGAUCUGCUCUAUGACGAUCUAUAUGACGAUGACAUAGAGGAGGAGGAGGAUGAUGACGACGAGGCAGAGGCCAGUGGGAUUGGCAGCGAAAUGGCCGGGGACUGUUUUGGUGACGAAGAUGACUCCGGCAAUGAGGAAUCUUGACCUCCUUUCACCGUUUCCGUGACACUGACCUUGGCCCUCUCACUAUUCUUUACCCUGACAGCCUCAUGUUUCAAAUUCUCUUUUCUUGUGCUUAAAGCUUUCUUUUUCCACUCUGUUCCAAAAAACGCAUUACUUAAGAUCUCUGUCCUUUUCUGCACCCUCCCGUUUCUAAGUAAAGUACACUUUGGCUUCAUAAAACCAGUCAUUUUUUGUAACGUUUCACAUCCCACUUUCUCCUGUUUCUUAACCUCAGAGCUUUUGGAAAAUCGAAGCUUGUCAGGCCUCCUUUAACAUGUUUAUUUCAAUAUAUUUUUUUUUAUUGCAACGGUUUUUUGAGGACUAGUUCCCUCAUAAUUAAAUUCUGUUGUGAUUUA